GCCCAAAUUAAUGCUAAACCAUAAUUUUCUCCAUAGAACGUGUCAGGUGAGGACAAUUUAUUACGGUUGUUAACCAAAUAGACAUUUGGUGGUGAAGAUUAUAUAUACUACCUAGUCGGAGAGAAUUGAAGUAGGGCUGUAGGGGUACAUCAAAUUCUUUAUUUAUGAGAUGAAGUACACUGGGGAAGCUUUGGGAAGAGAUCUUGAGAACGUGAGGAAGUACUACGGGAGUGGAAAAACAAAGGAAGCAUCAUGGAGAGAAUCACAGCUUAAAGGGUUGCACAAUUUUCUCGUUGAAAAAGAGGAAGAAAUUUUGAGGGCCCUCAAGCAUGAUUUGGGGAAGCAUUACGUGGAGGCUUUUAGAGACGAGGUUGGAACAUUAAUGAAGACCUUAAACUUGGCAAGCAAGUCUUUGAAAAAUUGGAUGGCAGGCAAAGAGGCAAAGCUGCCACGAAUAGCACUGCUUUCAAGUGCAGAGAUAGUUCCUGAGCCACUUGGUCUUGUUCUCAUAAUCUCAUCAUGGAACUUUCCCUUUGGACUUUCCUUGGAGCCACUGAUAGGAGCAAUAGCUGCUGGAAACAGUGUGGUUCUAAAGCCUUCAGAGUUGUCCCCUACUUGCUCUUCUCUUUUAGCCACUUUCCUCCCAACUUACUUGGACAAUAAUGCCAUUAAGGUCAUCCAAGGUGGACCAGAAGUGGGGGAGCUACUCUUGCAGCAAAGAUGGGACAAGAUUUUCUUCACAGGAAGUGCAAGGGUAGGGCGGAUUGUUAUGUCUGCAGCAGCUGUGCAUCUGACGCCUGUGACUUUGGAGUUAGGUGGAAAAUGCCCAGCCAUAAUUGAUUCUCUUUCUUCUUCUUGGGACAAAGAGGUGGCUGUGAAGCGAAUUUUGGUGGCAAAAUUUGGGGCUUGUGGGGGACAGGCAUGCAUAGCAAUCGAUUAUGUCCUUGUGGAGAAGAGCUUCAGUUCUACAUUGGUGACAUUAAUGAAGGAAUGGAUUAAGAAACUGUUUGGAGAAAACCCCAAGGUGUCCAACACUAUUGCAAGGAUAGUUAAUAAAAAUCAUUUCAUGAGACUCAAGAAUCUUCUCACUGAGCCAAGGGUCAAAGAAUCGGUGGUUUAUGGUGGUUCAAUGGAUGAAAAUGACUUAUUUAUUGAACCGACAAUAUUGCUGGAUCCGCCACUUGAUUCAGCAAUCAUGGCUGAAGAAAUCUUUGGCCCUGUACUUCCAAUUAUCACCGUGGAGAAGAUUGAAGAGAGUGUUGAGUUCAUAAGCUCAAGGCCUAAAGCUUUAGCUAUUUAUGCCUUCACGAAAAACCAGACUCUGCAGAGAAGAUUGGUAUCUGAAACAUCAUCCGGAAGUCUUGUAUUCAACGAUGCAAUUCUACAAUACGUAGCGGAUACCCUACCAUUUGGAGGAGUUGGUGAAUGUGGGUUUGGCAAGUACCAUGGAAAGUUCUCCUUUGAUGCGUUCAGUCACCAUAAGGCUGUGGCUAGAAGAAGUUACUUGACUGAUUUUUGGUUCAGGUUCCCUCCAUGGACUCUUAAUAAGCUCCAACUACUUGAGGUGUCUUACAAUUUAGACUACCUUGGAAUACUUCUAGUUCUGCUCGGCUUAAAGAAAUCAAAACGGCCACUAUUUCAGGCUUGUAAUUGAGUUGCAUUAUGCUGCUUCACUUAUCUAUUUCAAGUGAGUCCCUAAUAAGGAUUGGUGAUUCCAAGCUUGUGUGAAUUCCUAGGUUUAUGAUGCUUAAAUAAAUGCAUAUCUGGUUUAGCUUUUGGCAUUUGUGAUCCACGUCCAACCUGAAGCAUCUAAAUGUUGCUUCUGCAUCUUCUUAAAUUUUUUAUGCGGAAAUGGGGAGGAACGCGCUGAAGCAAACACACUAUAUUUGAUUAUGUAUGUCUUAUAUGUCUAGUUAGACUUGGGUAAGGCAAGGUUUGGAUGAAGGAUGUUUGAUUCUACUUCUAUUACUAUGUACUUUAUACUGAAAAGACAAUAAAAGAAGUCAAAUUAGUAAAUGAAUAAGGUGAAAGAUUUUGUGGA